UGCUCCUUUAAAAGCGUCGGUCAGGUUCGUCCUUGUGUAGUUUAGCAGUAUGUCGUCCACAGCACUUCUAACCUCUCAGCUGGGCAGACAGCUGACACACAAGUUGCUGUGCAGGUCUUUCGCCUCCCGUCCAUCUCUAAAUGAAGUCGUCAUCGUCAGUGCAGCUCGGACCCCUGUGGGUUCAUUCAAAGGGAGCCUCUCAUCAGUCCCUGCAACCAAACUGGGCUCCAUCGCCAUCAAAGGAGCGAUCGAUCAAGCAGGAAUUCCUCUGGAGGAGGUGAAGGAGGUGUACAUGGGCAACGUGCUGCAGGCAGGUGAAGGACAGGCGCCAACCCGACAAGCUCUUCUAGGCGCCGGCCUGCCACUCUGUACUCCAGCUACAACGAUUAACAAAGUGUGUGCCUCCGGCAUGAAGUCCAUCAUGUUGGCUGCCCAGAGUUUGAUGUGCGGUCACCAGGAUGUGAUGGUGGCUGGUGGAAUGGAGAGCAUGUCCCAAGUUCCAUACGUGAUGGCCAGAGAGCCGCCCCCGUACGGAGGAGUGAGAAUGGAGGAUCUCAUCGUGAAGGAUGGCCUGACAGACGUGUACAACAAAUUCCACAUGGGAAACUGUGCAGAAAACACAGCGAAGAAUAGCGGCAUUUCUAGAGAGGAGCAGGACGCAUAUGCCAUCAGCUCAUAUACACGCAGUAAAGCAGCAUGGGAGUCAGGAAUCCUGGCCAAAGAGGUGGUUCCAGUGAGCAUCCCACAGAAAGGCAAGCCAGAUGUUGUGGUUAAGGAGGAUGAAGAAUGGAGAAAGGUUGAUUUUAGCAAGGUGCCCAAACUGAGGGCUGUGUUCCAGAAGGAGAACGGCACAGUGACAGCAGCUAACGCCAGCACGCUGAACGAUGGCGCUGCUGCAGUUGUCCUGAUGACUGCAGAUGCAGCCAAAAGACUCAAUGUUACUCCGCUUGCAAGAAUUGUUGCUUUUGCUGAUGCUGCUGUUGCCCCCAUUGAUUUCCCCAUCGCUCCGGCAUAUGCGGUCCCCAAGGUACUUGAGGCUGCCAGUGUUAAGAAGGAUGAUAUUGCCAUGUGGGAAAUAAACGAGGCCUUCAGCGUGGUGGUCCUGGCCAAUAUUAAGAUGCUGGACAUCGACCCAAGCAAAGUUAAUAUCAACGGAGGAGCAGUGUCCCUCGGACACCCUAUUGGAAUGUCUGGGGCGAGGAUCGUUGGGCACAUGGUGCACAACCUGAAGUCUGGUCAGUACGGCCUGGCAGGCAUCUGCAACGGAGGAGGAGGAGCCUCUUCUAUUCUCAUCCAGAAAUAUUAGACUUUUCACCUUCAUUCAAGCUCUCUGUUAGGUCAAAGUGUAGGAGAAUACAUUACAUAUUAACGGAACGGAGUAUUAUCCAGACAGAUAUCAAGAUUCGCGGCCUUAUUUCUGACUUGGUGUGGUUUCUGUCAUGGUCACUCCAAAGUAGAUCACUCCUCCUUCAGCAUUAGGAAAUUAUGGGACUCAUUGGACAUUUUAAAUGUUUGUCAAGGAAAAUUAUUUAUGUUUAUUUAAGAUGUGAGAUGUGUUCUCAUGGGCUUAAUUGUUGCAUUAAGUUUAGGACUUCUCAAAAUGUCAAUGAAAACAAAAAACAAUAGUUCUGGAGAUGCAAUAAAAGGAGAUUGUUUUCAAAGUGUUUCCUGUAUUUAAAGAUACAAAGCAUAUAAUUAAUGAGAAACAUCUCAAAUAAACAUGUACAAGACAGUUUCCAGAAUCCACUGAAGGGCAGAGCAUUAAUAUUUCUGUUUUCUGCUUUUAUCACUAGAGGGCGCCAUUCCUCUGUGACUUGGUUUCAUUGUUCACUGGAAUCACUUGUUAGCAGCAAUACAAAUAAAGCGUCGCAGGAAAAGUG